AUUAACUUGUUUUUUCUGCUCUUUUAAAUUUUCUCGUCCCUCUUUCCUUUUUUCUGUAGUCUGGCACCAUGAAAUGGCCGAUUAACACUCUAUUGAAACCCUAGACGUCGACGAUGACGGAACCGAUAUCAGUUAAAGAAGACGACAAGCAAGCCCCGGAACUUCAACGACGCGGCGAACCAAUUUCGGACUCAGCAGCAGCAGAGGCGGGGGAUCAGAUAUGCAACAAUCGCAAGGAGAAAAGGAAGUUGACGAAGAAGGAGAAGAGGAAGCAGAAAAGGAAGGAACUAGCGGUGAAGGUGCGCCAGGAAGAGGAGGCUAAGCUGAAUGAUCCCGAGGAGCUUCGCAGGGUUCAGCUGGAGGAGGAGAAAGAGAAGGAGAGAUUAGAGAGAGAAAGGAGAGAGUUUGAGGAGAGAGAAAGGCACUUUCUCGAAGCACUGUCUCGAAAGAAAGCUCAAGAGGAGGAAGAAGAAGAACAAAGGAGAGUGGAAGAUGAGGAAGAAAAGGCGAAACAAAGCCAGGUUGCUCUUGAGAAUGAGCCAGAUGGAGAUGACGAGUGGGAAUAUGUAGAAGAUGGGCCUCCUGAAAUUAUAUGGCAAGGAAAUGAGAUAAUUGUGAAGAGGAAUAAAGUGAAAGUGAAAAAGAAGGAUCCAGAUCCUGUGAUUGUGAAAGAGGAUCCCAAUAGGCCAACAUCCAAUCCACUGGCUCCACAAUCUGAAGUCUAUGCUGACUACAAGAAUUCUUCAUCUCUUUCAGCACAACAGUUGUUGGAGAAUGUCGCUGUUCAAACUCCGAAUUUUGGAACUGAGCAAGAUAAAGCUCAUUGUCCUUUCCACCUAAAAACUGGGGCUUGUCGAUUUGGUUCACGCUGCAGUAGGGUUCACUUUUAUCCCGAUAAAUCCUGCACUUUGCUCAUGAAGAACAUGUACUGUGGACCUGGAUUUGCUUUGGAGCAGGAUGAGGGGCUUGAGUACACAGAUGAGGAAGUUGAAUGUAGUUUUGAGGAAUUUUAUGAGGAUGUUCACACGGAAUUUUUGAAGUUUGGAGAAAUUAUUAAUUUCAAGGUGUGUAGAAACAGUUCAUCUCAUUUGCGAGGGAACGUUUAUGUACACUACAACGAUAUAGAUUCUGCAGUGCUUGCUUAUCGUUCUAUAAAUGGACGUUACUUCGCUAGCAAACAGAUCACGUGCGAGUUUGUUAGCGUAACCAAAUGGAAGGUUGCCAUAUGUGGGGAAUUCAUGAAAUCAAAGCUUAAGUCAUGCUCCCGCGGAACGGCAUGCAACUUCAUCCAUUGUUUCCGCAAUCCUGGUGGAGAUUAUGAAUGGGCGGACUUGGACAAACCACCACCAAGAUACUGGCUUACGAGGAUGGCUGCUUUGUUUGGGUAUGCUGGUGAAUCUGUCUAUAAUAGACGGCUUGAACGGAAAAACUCAGAAUGGAUGUUGAAUUCCUACAAGAUGCUGGCAGCUGAUUCUGACAGGCAUCGCUCUAUAAUGUACGAUUCAAGGGAGAGAAGGUCUCGCUCAAGGGAGAACAGAAGUUCAAGGAUCCAUUAUGAGGAUUAUGAUAUUCAUAAGAGGACACAUCAAGAGAGAAGCGGCCGUUCUGAUAAAAAAAGGCGCAAAAUUCUUGUUAAGAAACAAUUUGAAGAGGGGACAGGAGAACAUGAAGAGGAAACAAAUCAACAUGGUAAAAAUAGAUACCACAUUAGUGACUCUGAUUGGGAUUUAUCUGACAGAGAGAAAGAGGGAGAUAGGCGCCGCCAUAGCACAAGGAGAAGAUCAAGAAACCACCACAAUGAAAAAAGGGGGCGUCAACAUCGUAUCGGUGACAUCAAAAAACGAGUUAGCGGUUCCGACUCUGGUGAUGAUUUGCCAGAAAAGAAGAGAUAUGGAGAUGCAGGAUCUGGUAACAGGGAGAGGGGCUCAAGACAUUGGAAGGAAGAUCAUAGUACAGAUUCCAGCGGUGAGUGGGUGGAUGAGAUACGAGACAGAAAUUUGCAUCACAAGAAAAGAAGAAGUAGGUCUAGGCGUCAUAACAGUGUUUCAUCAUCACCUGAUCACUGGGAUAAGAGAAGCGGAAGCCAUGAUAGUAAUACCACUGGAGAUUGGACUGCUGCUAUCACAGAUAAAAGAAAGCCAAGUUCUGACAAGAGUGUCGAUUCAGAUACGGAUUACCAUUAUCACCACAAAGAAGACAUUGGGGAAAGAGGCCGCUGGGAACCUGAUGAAGGUGCUACUGGAACAGACUCUAAAAGUAGUAAGAAGUCUGUAAUUGAUGAUUCUGAAGAUCACAAUGUGGAAUCUGAGUUGAAUGAUGAUGGGGGCUAUAGUGGUAGUACAACAAAGGGGAGUGGCAGCUUAUUCAAUCAAACAAGGAGGGGGAACAGGGAUAGGAUGGACUCUUCAAAGAAGUCGAAAAGAUCUAACGAGAAUGAUAGGGAGCACAAUGAAAAAGACAGGAGUUAUGCUGGCCACGAGCAGCUUAAGUUAAGCUCGUAAGGCAGCCAUUGCUUUACUAUUUUCACGAGGUUCAUACCAUAGACAACCAGUUAUAAUGCUGGGAAGAACUUGAGGGUGACAUAUGAAUGACGUUACGUGCAUCAACCUUUGCUAAAUUUGACCUUGAUUGUGAAUAGUCGAGUAUUACUUUGUCUGAAUGAAGAUCAGGUUGAUCUCUGAUGCAUUCCCAACUUCAGUUGGGGAAAUUGCCAUUUAUUCCAAUGGAUGCAGAAUUACUUAA